GUCCUCGCCACGUGCAUGGCUCGCCUGGGUUUAAAGGUGGAUCUCUCAGACAGCGUCUCUGCUGCUGCCUUGGCUCUCAGACACGACGUCACCUCUCCUGCUGCCCCAGCUGCUGGUACUGGCAUGACAGUAACCUCUCAACGCAAGAGCCGGUGGGAUGUGGUGGUGGUCGAUUUGGACAGCGAUGGGCCUUCCACAGGCCUAGCUCUAGGCCGCAUGGUGCUGCAGCUGAGGGACCUGGAGGCACAGCAUCGCGCCACCGACCCCGUUGCCAUCACACAAUCUUUUGCCUCCCUUGGGUGGGAGCAGCACUCCAACUUGCCUCUACUCGUGCUCGUGGCCAAGGACUCCAACGAGGCACUGAGAGAGGAAGCACAGAAGCUGGGCUUUGCAGGCAUCAUGGUGAAACCGCUGAGGGCUGCUGAUAUGGCCACCACACUGCUUGAAGCUCUCUCCUUCAACCCGCGGGACACCAGCGCCACGGCAGCAAGACGGCGCCAGAUUCUCCUGCGACUGUGCCUCAAGGGCAAGCACGUGAUGAUAGUGGAUCACAACUUCAUAAGCCGCAAGGCCGUGGCAGUCAUGCUCUCCCGCUUUGCCGAUGUGGCGCUGGCUCUCGGCUCCGCUAGCGACGCCCUCGCCCGCCUGCAUGCUGCCCCCUCUCUUGCACUCUCCCAGGGGCAAGGGCAGGGGGAGGGGCAGGGGGAAGGGCAGGGGCAGGCACUGCGGCAGAUUCGUGGCGCGGAGUUUCACCUGGUGCUUGUCAACCUGCGCCUUGCUGACAUGUCCGGCUUCGCAUUCACACAAGCUGUGAGGCGCAUGGAGGAGCAGCGCUAUAACGAGGAUGUGGUGCGCAUGGGCAGUGCGGCUCAGCACUCGCACAUCCCCAUAGUGGGACUGGUCAACGACGCCCUGCCUGAACUGGUGGCCAAGUGA